AUGAAUACAGCAACAUUUUAUGGCAAAAGGAGUCAGGCAGUGGAUACUGUUUUGGCUUUACCAGUAGACGAGAGUGAGGAUGAGUUAGAUGUUAGCGAUGAUGAGAAGCAGGAGGAAAGACCUGUCAAUGGAGGCAGUGAUGAUGAGUCAGAUGAGUCAGAUCGAGAUGCUGAAGUAAGAGAUGAAGAUGCUGAAGAGGAACUGUGGAAAACCAGUCUUCCUCAGGCCACAGAGGUCAAAGCACCAAUUGAUUACUUCAGAAACCUCUUGACACAAGAAGCGAUAGAAAACAUGGUCACACAGAGCAACUUGUAUGCCAGUCAGUGUGACAUAAAUAAGCCCCUAAACGUUACUUUCAAGGAGAUUGAGCAGUUCAUUGGCAUUGCACAGUACAUGGCAGUCUUCAACUUUCCAAGAACUCGGUUGUUUUGGAGCACAGCUGCAAGGGUGGACUGCAUUGCCAACACCAUGUCAGUGAAUCGCUGGGAGACUAUCAAGAGAUACCUCCACUUCAGAAACAAUGAAGACCAGAUUCCAGCAGGUCAGCCAGGGCAUGACAGGCUCUUUAAACUUCGUCCUCUCCUGACAGCUCUAAAGAGGAUCUGCAAUGCUGUCCCAAUGGAUGAGAUGCUCUGUGUUGACAAACAGAUUGUGCCUUUCAAGGGCAAAAGCAAGUUAAAACAGUACAAUCCAAAAAAACUGAAACGCUGGGGAUAUAAAAUAUUUAUUCUUGCUGACAGUAAUGGCAUGAUUCACAACUUUGAGGUCUACACUGGAACCAUCACUCCAGCUGAAGGAAAGCCAGAUAUUGGAGCCAGUGGCAACAUAGUUCUGAAGCUGUGUUCAGUCAUUCCCACCAACCAGUCCUUUAAAUUGUUCUUUGACAACUGGUUCUGCAGCAUUGACCUACAAGUGCAACUGGAGAGGAUGAAGAUCCAUAGUGUUGGAACAGUGCGAUCCAAAAGGUUGCCAAAUUGCACCUUUACUGAUGACAAAACGAUGAAGAAAAAAGGAAGAGGGACCUUUGAAGAGAAGGAAACGAAACAUGAUGCAGUCUACCUGAGAGCAGUGAAGUGGUAUGAUAAUCGUUCAGUCAUUUUGCUAAGUACAUAUGCAGCAGCCCACCCCACCACAUUGGUCCAGAGGUGGGACAAGAAGACCCAAGAAAUGGUGGAGGUGGUACGUCCCAACAUUGUAUCUAUCUACAAUAAAAGCAUGGGCGGAGUAGAUAUCCUCGAUUCCCUGAUAGCACUGUAUCGCACCAAAGUGCGAUCCAAGAAGUGGUAUCAUCGCCUCUUCUUCCAUAUGAUGGACAUGAUAAUGGUGGAAGCUUGGCUGCUCUACAGAAGAGAUUCCAUUGAUUGUGGUGUGGAAAAAAAGGAGCAGUUAAGCUUGUUGGAUUUUAAAUCUGAGGUGGCAGGCUGUCUCUGCAAAAAAGACACAGUUUGCAGCAAAAGGGGAAGGCCAUCUCUUAGUGUGGAGGCAGGUCUAGACCUGAAAAGACGACGAGGCCAGGUUGCACCUGUACCCCCCGCACCAAUCCGUCUGGACCGCAUAGACCACUGGUCUGUCUACAGUGAAAACAUGAAAUGUGAUGUGUUUUUGUGUCAAACUCCUGACAGAAACUGCUUCUUUUCCUUCCACACGCAGUAG